GCACCGUCAGGUGAUCAGGAAAAUAACAACGAACUUGUUUUUUUUAUGCAGAUGUUUUUAUCAAAAAGCAUGUCUUUUGUAGUUUUUGAAGUGAAAGUGUUUUUCCUAAUAGUUAUAAAAAUUAAUUAUUUGGUAUGUAUUCAGAACGAGUUGGUGGUUCGAGUUACUGGUGGUCCUUUUGUUGCACAAUUGUUAGCCGAAGAGCAUGGACAUCUUUAUAAGGGACCAGUUAGAGGAUUUGAAGAUACCUAUAUAUUAAUUCCGUUAGAAAAUGUGUAUGAAAAUCAUCAAAAACGUGGAUUUUUUUCGAAAAAAAUUGUAAAUGACCAAAGGGUAUUGUGGGCUGAAGAACAACAUGCUAAAUUAAGGCAAAAAAGGGACUUUAUUGCAGAAGAAGAUAUGCCCAAAGAGCGAGUUAAAAGGGUGGAAGAUAUUCCAAUUCGUCAAAGAAAAACAUUAGUAACAGCCUCCGACCAAACGUUUAAUGAUGAAUUGUGGUCACAACAAUGGUAUCUGCGAGAUACUAGAUCUCGUUUAGACCUUCCAAAAUUAGACUUAAAUGUUCUUCCUGUGUAUUAUAUGGGUAUAACUGGUAAAGGAAUUCGAAUAUCAAUCCUCGACGAUGGAAUUGAAUAUACACAUGAUGAUUUAAGAGAAAACUAUGAUCCUGAAAUAAGUUGGGAUUGUAACGAGGACGAUAAUGAUCCAUAUCCUAGACUAGAUGCACCGAAGUCCAAUAAUCAUGGUACUAGAUGCGCUGGAGAGGUAGCUAUGAUGGCUAAUAAUCGAAAAUGUGGCGUUGGAAUAGCAUUUGGAGCAAAAGUUGGAGCUGUAAAAAUGUUAGAUGGCAUCAUUACCGAUCGAAUUGAAGGUACUGCACUAGGAUAUGCUCAACAUUUGGUCGAUAUUUACAGCGCAUCUUGGGGGCCCAAUGAUGAUGGAAAAACUGUUGAUGGUCCAGGUAGAUUGGCAAUGGAGGCUAUAGAAAGAGGAAUACGAGAAGGACGUGGUGGUAAAGGAGUUAUCUACGUAUGGGCUUCAGGUAAUGGAGGUAACAAUAAUGAUAACUGCAAUUGUGAUGGUUAUUUGGCCAGUCCGUAUACAAUUUCUAUAGGAAGUGCCUCACAAAAGGGACAAUUUCCAUGGUAUGGGGAGGCAUGUGCUUCCACUUUAGCUGUUACAUAUUCUUCGGGAGCUUACAAAGAUCAGAUGAUAACAACUACAGACAUUAAAAAUUCAUGUACAACUAAACACACAGGAACUUCAGCUUCUGCUCCACUAGCAGCAGGAAUCAUAGCUUUGGCAUUAGAAGUUAACGGAAAUUUAACUUGGCGAGAUGUUCAACAUUUAAUAACAUGGACUUCCGAAUUGGCACCUCUGACGCACAAUCCUGGAUGGCAACAAAAUUCCGCAGGUUUUUGGGUAAGCGAUCGAUUUGGUUUUGGAUUAAUGAAUGCAUUUGGAUUAAUACGAGAGGCUAUUAAUUGGAAAACAGUUCCUGAGAGAAAAUCGUGCCGAAUUUUGCUAAGAACGAAUUCUACCUUAUCAUCCAGUGAACCAGUAAAAAUAAAAAUUACUUCGAGUGGAUGUAAACAGACAGAUCAUGAACUGAAAUAUUUGGAACAUGUUGAGUUACAAACUAAUAUAAAUUACACAUCUAGAGGAUCAUUGCAAAUAAAAUUAUAUUCACCUGCAGGCACGAUGGUAAACCUAUUGGCUCCAAGAAAAUUAGACAAAAGUUCACAAGGGUUUCAAAACUGGACCUUCAUGUCUGUUAUGACUUGGGGAGAGAUUGCUGAGGGAAUUUGGACAAUAGUCAUUACGGAUGUAACUUCCUCUAAGAAGCACAUAGGCUCUGUGGGCGAUACAAUGUUAAUCCUACAUGGAACAAAACAUCUACCGACACACAUGAGAGAAGGUCCAAGAAACUAUGACGAAAAUUAUAACCGUCUCCAAAACCGCGUGAAAUUGGCCCCUACUACGAAUUACGAAACACAUAACCUAGUAGAUAGAGUCCAGAAUGUAGAAUCUCGAUCUGCUUAUUUACCACAGGAUAUUAUGGAGGAGAUUUUAAUAAAUGAUUUGUACCAUUGAAUCUAAGAUAUAUUAUAAAUUAUUUUAGCAGUU